GUCUCACCGGUGAAGCUGCCGAUCACUGACCUCAAGGUUUUCUGAUGAACGGCAUGGUCUAGCCUAGUGUUGUGUGCCACAAUGAAAGCUUCGUACUUUUGCUUCACAGUUCACAUGGUCUGUUUAGCGGAGAUGAGCCACAUCCUGGUGUAUUAAUCAUGUCUGUUCACCGCUGUGUGUAUUUACUGACGCGCUUACACUUGCAGCGCAGGGCCUGUGCGAUCAUAUCCAGCUCUGCUGGGCAUGUGUGUGGAGCAGAGAGAGCUGUGCUGAGCUCUUCAUCUACACGAAGAUCUGCAUCUUCAGACAGCUCAUGGAGACCCCCGGACACCUCUCUGUUCGUCCCACUCGCGGUGAAAAGCGACAGCGCAGCAGAAGGAGCGGUGGGAGCCGAGCUAACGCGGCCACUGGACAAAAGUGAACUUCUCAAAGUGCUGAAUAGAUUUUACAAAAGGAAAGAGAUGCAGAAGCUUGCUGCUGAUCAGGGGCUCGAUGCUCGUCUCUUCCACCAAGCCUUUAUUAGUUUCAGGAAGUAUGUUCUAGAGAUGAACGCUAUUGCUGCUGAUCUGCACAUUAUUCUUAGCGACAUCUGCUAUGGAGCAGGACACAUUGAUGAUAUUUUCCCAUACUUUAUGAGGCAUGCCAAACAGAUCUUUCCCAUGCUGGACUGCAUGGAUGACCUGCGCAAGAUUAGCGAUUUGCGUGUCCCAGUGAACUGGUAUCCUGAGGCCCGAGCUAUUCAGCGGAAGAUCAUUUUCCAUGCCGGUCCAACUAACAGUGGUAAGACCUACCACGCCAUUCAGAGAUACAUGGAGGCAAAAUCUGGCGUUUACUGCGGUCCUCUCAAGCUGCUGGCCCAUGAGAUCUUUGAAAAAAGUAACUCUGCAGGUGUGCCAUGUGAUCUGGUGACAGGAGAAGAGAGAACCUUUGUGGAUCCAGAGGGGAGACAAUCUAAUCAUGUUGCCUGUACUAUUGAAAUGUGCAGUGUUACAACUCCAUACGAAGUAGCGGUCAUUGAUGAGAUUCAGAUGAUCAGAGAUCCUGCCAGAGGAUGGGCCUGGACUAGAGCGCUGCUGGGUCUGUGUGCUGAGGAGAUUCAUGUGUGUGGAGAACCUGCAGCCAUUAGCUUCAUCACUGAACUCAUGUUCAGCACUGGCGAGGAGGUGGAGGUCCGCAACUAUAAGCGGCUGACUCCGUUCACUGUCUCGGACCAUGCGGUAGAAAAUUUGGACAACCUGAAGCCCGGCGACUGCAUUGUGUGUUUUAGCAAAAAUGACAUCUACUCAGUGAGCAGGCAGAUAGAAAUCCGAGGCCUAGAAUGUGCUGUCAUUUACGGCAGUCUGCCACCUGGUACCAAGCUGGCUCAAGCAAAAAAGUUCAAUGACCCAGAUGACCCCUGUAAGAUCCUCGUCGCUACCGAUGCAAUUGGAAUGGGUUUGAACUUGAGCAUCAGGAGAAUAAUAUUUAACUCCCUGGUGAAGCCCAGCGUGAAUGAGAAGGGGGAGAAGGAGAUGGACACCAUUUCCACCUCUCAGGCUCUGCAAAUCGCUGGCCGAGCAGGUCGCUUCAGUUCCAUGUUUAAAGAAGGAGAGGUGACCACCAUGCAUCGCGAUGAUCUGCCUGUGCUGAAGGAGAUCCUGAGCAGACCUGUUGACCCUGUGGAGACAGCAGGUCUACACCCCACUGCAGAACAGAUAGAGAUGUUUGCUUAUCACCUUCCUGAUGCUACGCUCUCCAAUCUCGUUGAUAUAUUUGUGAGCCUCUCACAAGUAGAUGGCCUUUACUUUGUCUGCAACAUCGAUGACUUCAAGUUCCUGGCAGACAUGAUCCAGCACAUUCCUCUGAACCUGCGCUCUCGCUACGUCUUCUGUACAGCACCCAUUAACAAGAAACAGCCCUUCGUUUGCACGUCCUUCCUGAAGUUUGCUAGGCAGUUCAGCAGAGACGAGCCGUUGACUUUUGCCUGGGUGUGUCGACAUGUCAACUGGCCAUUGGUCCCUCCCAAAAAUAUUAAGGACCUUGUUCACCUGGAGGCUGUACAUGAUGUGCUGGACCUCUACCUUUGGCUCAGCUAUCGCUUCAUGGACAUGUUCCCUGAUGCCAACCUUGUCCGUGAGAUCCAGCAGGAACUGGACAGCAUCAUUCAGGUUGGAGUGAGAAACAUUACACGGCUCAUCCGUGCCACAGAAUCACAAGGCACCGGUGCAGGUUCUGCACCUGAAUCAAAAACCUCCCCAUUCCCUGGACUAAGACUGAGAAAAGCUCGGGGAUCCAAAUCACAUGUUCUCGGCAAACAGGACCAGAGGGGUGUGGACAGUUCUCUCGGCGCUCGUCUAGUUCAGGAGGGUCUGCUCACGCCAGAGCUCCUGCAGCAGCUGCAGAGAGAGUGGACAAGAGAGCAGAACCCCAGUGGACCUACAGGGACUAUUAGCAAAAAUAAAAAAAAGAAAUGAGGCGCUUGGUAUCGGUCUCGCUUUUGUACAUUUAUAUAGGGGCUUCUAUAUAACAAAUAAUGUUCUGUUUAACAUGUGUGUCUGUCAAGACUGACUGAAACCUAAGCUUCAGAUUGUGGUACACCUGUGUGAAAGGCUAUCUGAGUGUGAACGUGAGUCAACAUUGCUACUAGCUUCCAAAUAAAACACACUACUAUUUUUCA